AUGGCACCUUUGCAGGGGGUUGCAAAGUUGGUGCAAAUCUAUUUUUUCGUCCUGUGUUUGGAAUUAAUUUUAGAUAUUGAUGAAUGCAAAACAAUUCAGAACAAGUGUGAAUACAAACCAGGAUGCAGCAACACGCAUGGCGACUACACUUGCAGUUGCUCUUCGGGAUUUUUCUUGAACGGAGAUCAACGAAGCUGUUCAGGUUAGGCAACUAAAGCAAAUUAUGUUAAUAUACACAAUCAUGCACCUCAGUAAUGUGUAGGACAAAUAAUCAUUGGUGCAUAUAAAGAAAUAAAUAAUCAUUGGUGCGUAAAAAUGAAUAAAUUAUCAUUUGUAUAAGCACCAAACUAUAUUUAAAGAUAAACACACAAAAUAACCAAUGUUUUAGGAAGCACAUAAUAAUAUUAUAAACAAAUUGUUUUUAGACAUUGAUGAGUGCUCUACAGGUCAAUAUUCGUGUCGUGCAAAUACCACAUGUCUCAAUAUCCCUGGCAAUUACAGUUGCCCUUGUAUCGCAGGAUUCAUGGUUAAUCCUUCUAGAAAUCUUUGCGAAGGUAAAGAAAUGCAAGCAUAAAUAAAAACUAUUUUUGUAAUAGUUGGAAUAUUUCCUCUCGGUUUAUCCUGUUGUCUAUUUAAUAUUUACAAUUAGGCCUAUCUUUUUUUUCUUUGCGAAAUAUUUUCUGGGAACUUAAUUUUUUUUUAAUUUUUUUUUUUUGGGGGUAGUUGGAGCAAUAGUGCCGUGGUCCAAUGCCUUUCCCCUCCUGUCCAUAAUCUCACCCAUCAAUACAUCAUACGAACUCAAUUUCACUUAUAAUGCUCAAAGUAUUCCAUCAUUCUGUUAAAUAACUCGUUAAGUCAUUACAUUUAGGGAGAACGAUUUUUUAUGUAAAUAAUGGUAUGUGAAAAGUUUUAUAGACCUUAAUUUUACUGGUAUUGGUCGGAAUAUGGUGGUAGAAUCCGCAUCAUUCCUGUGUAUAAUUUGAGCUUUAUCAAAUGCGUAACACCAUAAAACGUGGGUACAAGUUUAGUCCUGUACAUCGCGCCAGGUUGGGAGUAGAGUAAUAUUUCCCCAUUCAUUUUAAGUGAUAGUUCCUAUACUUUAUUUUGGCAGACAUCGAUGAAUGUAGUCCAAGCAGUGGUAUUAUCCACGGUUGUCAGAUGAAUUGUCAUAAUUUACCUGGAAAUUAUAGCUGCAGUUGUGACAAAGGGUUUAAUCUUACAUCAAAUGGAAGAGAUUGCUCUGGUACAGACGUUAAGAAAUCCCUUCAUUAAUGCAUGCCUUCGUUGAUGGAGGAUGCAUUCAAAUUGAAAUUUUUUACACAUUGUGAUAAUUUAAAUGAUUGGUUGAUUUUUAUCAUUUGUUUUCCGUCUUAACCCCUUAUGCGCAUAAGAUCAGAUUGCUUUAUGAGAUUUGAAACGUAGCAUGUUCAAGGUGCGCUAUUACACACUACAAAACUGCAGCAACCUCCUGAUGGUGCACUGCUUAAUUAAAAAUCAAAUAAUUCUUCUUCAAUAUUUUAUAUACCUAUAUACUAUAUUUAAAGAAGCGAUCAAAUCCGGAUGUGCAUGGCGUUUGUUUACAUUUUAAAGACAAUCGUUAAUAUCUAACGCGAAAUUGGUGAACAGUUUACAGCAGAGAGGCCUCAUAUAAAGCACAUGCGCAGAACACACUUGACCUCACAUUUAAAUACAAAAAUGUUUGCGCUCUUUGCAAACAUUUCUAAUUAUUACAAUAGUUUACAAAGCCAUGUGUGUCUAUGUAUACCUGCAAUGUUUACUAUACAAGUCAGCAGAAUAGUGCGUCAAAUGUCAACAUGGAUGUAGAUAUCGGGGGGGGGGGGGUAUGGUAAAUACUUUUCUGCACAAAUUUAUGCAUAACGUUCAUCUAAGAUGUUUGGCCAAUGUUUUUGUUUAUUUCGUUAGACCAUGAUGAAUGCAAAGGUAAUCGACAUGGCUGUGAGCAACAGUGUUCGAAUUUACCUGGUGGUUAUACGUGUACUUGCUCAGUUGGCUACAGAUUGAAUGCUAAAGAUCUCAAAACGUGUGAUGGUAUUAAUUUUACAAAUGAAAUACUGAUAUAAUUAUUGAUUUUACAUCUUUACGUGAUACCAUUAAUCAGAUUAAACUGUCGAAUUUAUUAUUAUUAGGUUUCAGGGUUUUUUUCGUGAUAAUUUCAAUCAUUUUAGAGCCAUGCAAUAAACUAAUUUGAAAACAUAAAUAACUACAGCGAUUAUAUGACCAGGCAUGAGUCUAAUACCAUUUCGACUAUUAAUGUAAGGUAAUACUUAGACCUUUCAAGUUCCUCUAUUGCGAUGCAAUCGCCAAUCUCGCGUAAAGUAACUCCUCCCGCAGUGACGAAAAACGACCGUGUCUGCAAAAUACGGGAAAUUGCGGCACUCCUAUUUCACGAUAGCAUUACAUACAGUAGAUCAUUCCUAGGAAUAAGUUGUUUCUGGAAUUCUAAAGUUAUUUUAGCAAAUGAAAAAUUUUGGAAAUGAAGUGUAUCUUAAAUCGGAAUAAAUUACUUUUUAUCAUCUAACGAACAUGAUUAUUAAUUUUUUGGCUUAAGACCGAGAGUUUAUUAAGCAAUGACGAGUUUUUCUCUUUAAACACAGUAGCUUUGUCGCAUGAAUAGAAUUUAAAAUUAUUUUCCGUCGAUUUGGGGCAUCUGCUAUAGGCCCGGCCUGUAGUUGCAUUUUAUCGAAACUGUUCUUACGUCUGCAAGUAUUCUAAAAGCUCACUCACACUCAAAGAGUGGAGGUUAGGCCCACUCUGGGGCGAUAAAUCGCCUGUAAUAGCCUAAAAUCGCAUUAAAUCGCAGGUUAAAACUGUCAAAUUUCUCUUAAAUCGCCAACAUGCAUUCUGUUUGAUACAUUCAGUCCAUGUACUCAAGUUUUUCAAUUGCUGCUAUUUUACGGGCAAAUCAUGUAAUCCAGAUGCUUUGCAAUCAAAAGUAAUGCAACAUGAAUUAGCAAUCAAAUAAGUGGAUUAAGCUGACAAUAUUUGGUCACUCAAUAGGCACCGGUCAUUGACAAAAACAGAGGCUUUUUCUACUUUAUGCAGACUUUACAAUAAUUAGAUAAUUCUGGGAUCUGAAAGAUCCAUAGAUCCCUUAUACUACCAGCAACAAAAUUGAGCUAGUUACCAGAAUGAAUUAAUUUCAUUAUUCGUGUAAAUGGAGGUUGGGCUACAAUUUAUAUGGACUAUGGAGGCUGGGCUACAAAUUAAUCUAUAAUCUACAUGGCUUUUCAAAGCCUAAUUGCUGUUAAUUAGAACGACAGUACGAGACUAGGAAAGUCAAUUAGUACGAGUGUUGAUUUAAAGUUUGUUCGUUCACUGUAACCAGGUAUAUCAAUCAUGUUUCGCUCGCUACUCUGGUUUAAAUAAAUGAUUACAAAGCCCAGUCGAAUUGUAAUCAAGACCCAACGUUUCGACACUCCAGUCUAGUGUCUUCAUCAGAGGUGAUCUGAAACUGCGAUCGAGGCUUCUUAAAUACCCAAGGGAUGACGUCACCUGCCAAGAAGAUGCAUAUAUUCUUCUGGCAAAUAGGCGCCGUCAUCCCUAUUCAAAGCAUGAUGACUCAUAUUUAUAUGCCACGCUUCUAGGCAAAGUCUUUGACCACAAGUGACCUUGGGUAUUUAAGAAGCCUCGAUCGCAGUUUCAGAUCACCCCUGAUGAAGACACUAGACUGGAGUGUCGAAACGUUGGGUCUUGAUUACAAUUCGACUGGGCUUUGUAAUCAUUUAUUUAAUUUAAACCAGAGUAGCGAGCGAAACAUGAGUGUUGAUUUAUAUAAUAAAGUCAUCCUGUAAUUUGUGCACUGUUGCAUGUAACAUCGAGCAUUGCAUUGUAUACAAUGGUUGUACUUCAACAUGUGCAUGGUUAUACUCUAGCUCCUAGUUAUAAUUAUAGUGGCUAUCAAACGAAAAAUAUACGUGAGUUUAUGAGUGAUUUGCAACUCUCGUCUAAUAAAUUUUCCAGACCUGUAUAUACAAUAAACAGUAAAACAAUGAUUACGUCGUACAUACCAUACAAUAGAUCUUUUGUUGUUGUUUGUUUGCAGAACCUAAAACCACGAUGUAGUGCGCCAUUUCUUUAAUACUGUAUUAUUUUGUUUUUAAUUUUAAAAUAAUUUAGAAAUUAGAAUUCCUACCAUUUAUAUACGAUAUACUUCAUGUAAUUUAGACAUUACGGCAUUAUGCCGACAGUUUCCGAAUGCAUGACGAUACUGUUUCUGGAUAUCGCACUGGGAUAUGAUAUAUACUGUAGAUGUCAAAAAUUUUAUAAAACAUGUUUGUAGCAUGAAGAAAGCAUGAGAUUGAAACAGUUUAAAUAAAAUGCAAGCUAAAUAAAGAAGUUUUGACAUGAUACAAAACAAGACAAUUUCACUUACAAGGGUGACAAGGUAAUUUAUAGGAUUAUAGCUUAUUCAGUUAUACUGUAUAAAUACAUUGUGUGUUUCUCUUGUGGGUUUUUUGGAAAUCAAAUAUUUAUUAUAUUUUGUAAUUUUAACUCGACAUAAAUUAACGAUAUUAAAGUUUAAGACAUGUGUAGUGCAUGCCCCUUAAUUAAGUAGAGUAUAUUAACUGUUCACAAUAUUUGUGGUAUAUAAUAUAGCCAUGAAUGACCACAUGACCCCACAAGAUGAACCGCAAUGGCUUCUAAAUAGAAAAUGGAUGAAAAGUUCAUGAAUAUUGAGCUUUAUAUGUGAAUCAGGUUAAAUACAAUAAUUAGUUAACCUAACUUUAUAUAAAAUGUACAUACUGUACAUGUUCUAAAAAUUGUAUUUUGCUUCAUACAAUGCAUUAUUAUUUAGCUCAUUCCCACAUUGGGGCUUUUCAGUGACCGAUUACAUCAAGUCCUAUGAUUACUUAUAUUAGCCUAGACUAUUUAUCUUUACAACAAUGAGAACAUGAUAUUACUUUCCUUACUGUGUUUAUAUCCUAACCCACCCUGCCAAUUUUGCCUUGUGGGAAAAAAACCGGAGCAAAAUAUAAAAUUCAAUUCCUUUAAAAACACCUAAAUUGCAAUCCCUAAAAUUUAAAAUUUGUUCUUAAAUCGCCUAAUAUCGCAUUAAAUCGCAGUGCUUGAAAGUCCCAGUCCCUAAAAUCGCAUUAUAUCGCAGCAAUUUAAGGCGAUUUACCGCCCCAGAGUAGGCCUGAGGUUCAUGAUCAAUAGCCUAAUAUUUGAGCAUCCUUUGGGUGUCAAUGCUGUUUUUAAUUAGCUGGAGGCUGAGUGACUACAUGGUAUGGAACGACACUAACCCUUCAACUAUUCAAAAACAGCACUGACAGCACUGACACCCGAGAGAAGCUCAGAUUGAACAAUUAUUCAGUGUGAGUGAGUUUUAGAAUACCGGCGUCAGUUAGGUUGAAAUUCCCUGCACUGAAACACCAAAACUUUUAGAAUGAUAGGAACCAGUACCGGUUUACAUUAAAGUUUUUAUUGCAAUAGUCAACAGAAAUAAGCACAUUUUAGCCUUUCCAUGUUACAGAUGUAAAUGAAUGUUCAGAGAACAUCUCUGGAUGUGCUCAAAAUUGUGAAAACACCUUUGGCGGAUUCAAAUGUUCCUGUAACCAAGGAUAUCUCCUUCAGAAGGACUUAAAGUCUUGCAUUGGUAAGUUUAUGAAAGAACAACAGAAGAAUACAAUAUCUUUAUCAACAUUGACUCGCUUCGAAUUUCACGCUAAACUUUUUUGUUUUCAUACUGUACAUUUAAUUCGUCUGAAAAAAUGAAAUUGAACUUUAUAUCAACAACGAUCAUCAGCAAUAACCACCAGGCCCGCAUAUAUAUUAUAUUACCGUACAUGCAUGCAGUUUAGCAGCAAAUUAAGUCAUUAAAAUUGAAAAUUCUACGUCUAGAUUAGUAGCUUCCAGGUUGUACUGAAUUGUGAUAAGAGUAUGGUGUUUGAUUCUCGUCUGCCCAAUCACAUAUUAUGUAUAUUCUGUCCUAUAUAUAUAUAUAUAUAUAUAUAUAUAUAUAUAUAUAUAUAUAUAUAUAUAUAUAUAUAUAUAUAUAUAUAUAUAUAUAUAUAUAUAUAUAUAUAUAUAUAUAUAUAUAUAUAUAUAUAUAUAUAUAUAUAUAUAUAUAAAAGUAAACCCGAGAAAUCCACAGAUUUCAUACAAUAUACAUACAUCGGCAACCCAAUUAUAUUUAAUCAUAGGAUUCAAACAGCCAAUCAAUGUUAAGUAAAGUGGGAUAUUAGCAAAGCAAAGAUUCUACAAUUGUCAUGAUUACUCUUUGAUGUCUAGGCAUUUUUUGCAGUAUAAAACAAAUGAAUAUGAAUAGCUAAACUAUCAAAUAAGUGUAGAAAAAUAUCCCCCCAUAAUAACAGGCAAAUUAAGAACAAACUCUUCUAUCAAACCUGUUAAAAAUGCGAACAAAAGCAACUUUAACGCGCCAGACACAAGAAGGUACAUUCAGCUAUUAUAUAGUUCCCAUGUUUGAGCCCAUGAAACUGCGCUAAAACUUUAUUAAAUUUUUCGUAACACCUAUAAUAUGUUUAAACUAGUCUAGUACUUACUUGUUUUGUCUCUUAUAUAUAAUUAAUUAUUAUGAAUCUCCUGAUUUUCAAAAACUGUUUUUGAGAUUUUUUGAACGUAUAAAGUACCAUUUCACGAACUAUAGCCUAUAUAAGUUAAUCUUGUUCGCUUAUAUAGUUGCUACGCUACGGUAUUGAGGAAGGUACAAGUAGUAUGUCUUUUGCGAACAAAAACGUUUCCGAUUUACAGAAAUGUUGAAGACUUCAAAAUGAAUAUAAUAUAGGGCCUAUAGCGCAUUUUGUAAGUGAUAUUUUUUGUUUCACCACCCAAAACGAUACACAGAUACAAGAUUUUAGCCUAAAUGAGAAAUACAUUCAAAUAGGACACCACAGCGACUCUUCUUUCAAUAUUUUAAUUUCAAGAUUCAGAAACAACUAUAAAUUAAAUUAUAUUUUGCGGUUUAGUAUAUGUCCGCUUUCUUCUUUUUGCCAUAGUCUUCCGCUUUGCAUCGCAACGCUGAGCAACAACCAAUAAAAUUCAAUAGAUUUUGGCUGCUCAAAUUCAAUUAGUUUUCUCUAAAAUUUCUUGGAAUUCUUAACUAUGCCGAUAAAACUUGUUGGCAGAUUUUGUACAAACAUAUAAAAAUAUCUUUGCUGCCAGGUUGCUGGAACGGACUUGUUAGAACUAGGCAACCGCAACAACUUGUUAACCAGUUGUUUCAAGAAACGUAAUUAUGGCUUGUUGUACUAAGAAGCUUAACUUGGCACAAGUUGCACAAAUAAUUUGCUACUUGUUUACAAGCCGCAGCUAGCGAGGUCCUUAUCCAAACGACGAAAGGUGCAUUUAUGAAAUGCGCGACUCGUGCAUGUGUACACCUAAAUAUAGAAAAUAGUCAUGACUGUGACAGAGGGCCUAGGUACGACCAAUAAUGGUUGAAUGGAGCACAAUGUGAGGUUAAGUUUUCUAGGAAAUUUGGGUCCAGAAAAAGCGAGGGAAAUAAAAUUAUUAUUUCUUGCUCUCUAGAUCGAUUGACUAACUGUAAUAUAAUUAUUUUUGGCAGACGUUGACGAGUGCUCAAAACCAGUUGAUUAUUGUCACCAAGUAUGCUUGAACACCCCUGGUAGUUACAGAUGUACCUGCAGACGCGGGUUUGAUUUACAUCUUGACGGAAAAAGUUGUAUAGGUAAUUAUCAUAUUAUAUUUUUCACAGUAUAGUGACAAAAAACUUUCCCUUGAUUAAUAGUCUACAAAAAAACGAAAGCUUAACAGCUGGGCAUGUUAAACAUUAAAAACUAAAAUAUUUCAACUUUUAAUGAAGCAGUUUAAUAGGGAGAAAAUGUUUAGAAAACAAUGCAUUUCUGCAGUUCUGUUGGCAUGCAUUCAACUGCCAAAACGUUAAAUUGUAUUCAUUUCUCAGGUUGACAAAUAAAGGACCGUGUUACAGAUUGAUUUUAAAACAAAAGAUUGUGAAUACGUAGCUUUGUUUCUUAAUUUUACUGAGUUAAAAUUAACCUGUUUCCGGAUUAAUAAAUCAGCUCAAAAGCUCAAAAGAAAUCAUGACCGUGAAGGAGGUUUUAUAUCUCAUACAAAAUUAUGAAAAUUUUAAAAUAAACUUUAAGUUGAAUUUCGUAAUUCUCACGAACUAUCAUUUAUUUCAGUUAAACUAUUAAGAAUGCGCAUGUUCUCAUCUACACCUUUUUACCUUAAUUCGCGGCUCAAAUUUGUAUAUACCCGAUACAACACGGCUGCUCGUGUGGUAAAUAUUAGCUGCUUAGGGAACACAAAAAUUCAAAUAAUCAGGUGGAUUUUUACUAGCACUUUUGCCCAUAAAACUCUGUAUAGAAGGUAUAAAGAGACCGAACUAACUCAGUGGGAUUCUACGGCGAACUGCAUAGAGAUAUUAAAUGGUAAGCUUCAGUUCAGCGUCGUCUUUAUUGUUGGUUUUGUUUUUACAAGGUCGACCAUGUUUUCCGAUAUACAAGCCGAUAAAUGGAAUAAAAAACUGCACUGGUUAUAGGACCGAAGAUAUUUGUAAUUUUCAGUGCCUGCCUGGGUAUGAUUUGAGUGGUUCCCCGGCAAGAUCAUGCGGUCCCAAUAAACAAUGGACAGGAAAUAAUACAGAAUGCCAAAGUAAGUCGCGCUUAUAAUAACUAAAGAUGUCCGCGUAAUUAUUGAAACGCCGUGACGAUCAUAGAGAUUAUAAAUAACACUAGAGAAGGCAUCGAGUUUAAAAAUUGGGAACGCAGCUAAUGGGGGGCAAAUUCAAGUCCCGGAUAUAGAAUCGUGCUCCCAUUGGCUGAUUUGAACUCGUCACCAAUGGGAACACGAAUACACAUCCGGGACUUGAAUUUGCCCCCAAUAGUCGCGUUCCCUUUUUUUACUGAACUAAGAUUACAAUGCCUCCUCUAGUAUUAUUUAUAAUCUCUAUGGUGACGAUACUAAUUGUUUUUACUUGUAUAUAGAUGAUGUUGUAAACAUAACCUUUAUGGCAUUUCUCAUUUACAGUAAUUCAUUGUGCCAAUCCUAGCGAACCGGGCAAUGGUUUCGUGUACUCGCCGUGUGCCACUCACUAUGGUUCGCAAUGCUCAUUUGGCUGUAAUAAUGGUUAUUUUACUGAUUCCGGAGACCUCAGUUGUGAUGCAGAUGGUUUAUGGAAGCCAAGUAACGCUUCGUGUAAAGGUAAAUAGUUCAUUUUUGUAGUACAUAUUUCCAAGGUGGGCCUCCUGUGAUCUUUCGUAGCGAAUAAAAAAUACAUUGAACCCAUGCAUAUAUUAUUGAAGUGCGUAAUAUGAAGUGGUUACGUACAAAUGUUUAGAAAUGUGGAUGGUACCGCGCCUGGUUUCAGCUCUUGCUUUAGCGGUAUUUGGAAUGAAUCAGACGUAAAUUCGCGAUUGAAAUACACGAAUUGUUUAAAUUACCGGGUGUCCCAAAAAAAGUACUCCGGUUUGAUUUAUAAUAACUUCUAAACAAGUAAAGCUAUCAAACAGAAAUAACUUGCAUUAAAUAGAGGAAGGACUAACUUAGAUUUUGAUAUAUUACAGUUGUAUUUUACUUAAAAAUUCACGGAGAUAUUAAUGUUCAAAAAUCGGGAGCAUAUUUUGGCAUGUGUCUAUAAAAUUAGCGAAAAUCGGCGUAUCAAAUUUUAACUCCAGCGUUUGUUUGCUUAAUGACAUAUCAGGGUAAAUUGUAUUUCAGCGAAUUGUCGUUAGGGUUUAUAAGGGAUAUGGCGUAGAUUUAGACAUCUUACAUGUAAGUUUUAACUUAUUGUUUCCUGAAAUAUGAACGUUCGAAAUUAUGUAAGUAUUUAUUAGGUCUUUGCAAACUUAAGGUACUGAAAGACCAUGCAAGGCAGGCGCUUCAAUUUUUCUUAAAUAACCUAUUUUUUAUGUUUUUCAUGGGUUCAAAACAAAGUUGAUUAUUUCUCGGUUAGAGCAGGAUUAAUAUUGUUCUUUAAUGGAGGAAAUAAUAUUGCUUUUUGCAAAUACACAUCACAGUAUCAAAGCUACUAUUUUGUUACGUUUUGUUCCAAAAAUGUUGGAUGUCUCUGGGGAGUUGCAUGCUUGUUAUGUCUUUACUUAUGGAGUUGUAUGGUUUGAUUGUGUUUCAUUCUCAGUUUAUUCUGAACUUGCCAAGAUUAAGAAAGGGAAAAGAGUUUGGGUGUUCUUAACAAGAUUUCAGAACGUUGCAGAAGUUAGAAAAUUCAUUCAAUGUGAAGUUAGAAAAUUCACAAUUCCAAUGCGACAGCGUGCCCUAAUUCAGAACUACGAACUAUCCAUGACUAUCCUUCGCGAUGCAGUGGUCUCAUGAAAUAAGGAAACGUAUUCGUGCUACGAACACACGCGAAUUUCGGACGAAUAAAUCUUGCUUGUAUUUUGUAGAUAAUAAUACUUUGUUUCAUAAUAAACAAUUUGUCAAGUGUCAUUUAUUUACAGGUAAUAGUGCAUGUUUCAGUCGGGUAAAUCUUGAUUAAUAUUUGAUACGCUGUUUUUGGCAUAUUUCAGACACAUCAAGAAAUAUGCUCCCGAUUUUAAACAUUAAUAUCUCCGUGAAUGGUUAAGUGAAAUACAACUGUAAUAUAUCAAAAUCUAAGUUAGUCCUUCCUCUAUUUGAUGCAAGUUAUUUCUCUUUAAAAGCUUUACUUGUUUAGAAGUUAUUUCGAAUCAAACCGGAGUACUUUUUUUUGGGACACCCGGUACAUUGGAAGAAUUUUCUGCGAAUUCUCUCCGAUCACGCUUGUCGCAAACGUGUUGUUCUUGGAUUACUUGGCAUAUGCGAUUGCCACAGUUUCCAUUGGAUGUGGAGUGUAUCUUCACCUAUAUGCAUUGAGAACUUCGACUUUUGUGGGGUUGUUAUAAGAAGCAUGGAUCGAUUUCCUUUGUAUUUACAGGCACGUGAAUUCCUACCCAUCAACAUUCUUUAGCUUUUUUUUCAGGUAUCUUCAAUUGAAUUAUAUUUCAAAACGUUUCAACAAAAAAUUAAUAUGCAUGCUAACACUUGAAGCAAAACGAUCAAGCAAAUAGGUUUUUCGCUCACUUGCACGUCACGGCACAAAAAGAACAGACUAUAUUCGUCCACUGUUCAACAAAUAAGGCGGUGAUAUAUUAAGAACGAGAAAAUGGAAAAAAAAUAACUUCUCGCAAACGAAGAACGUUUCACAUAAGCACAUAAUGUUGCAAGCGAAUAACAGGAUAAUUAUUUAAUUACUCGUUUCUAAUUGCACAAAUUUUCAUUUAAUUAAUAAACUAUUUUUUAGAAAUCGAAGUGUGUCAACCAAAUCCAUGCCUUCAUAAUGGCACAUGUUCAGUAGUCAAUGAGGACAAAUACACCUGCGACUGCACUCUCACAGGAUACAAGGGAACGAAAUGUGAAAUUGGAUUCUUUAAAAUUUCUGACUACCCAACAAUAACCCAGAACGUUUUAUCUCCGCCUAUUGCAAUCGUGUCCUCACCACCGACAGAGUAUGUUAUAUUGCAUUUAAUGAGUCCUGACUUGAUCUUCAGUUCGCCAAGGCUAGUUUUCAAUCCGAAUACUCCACUAAAUCAGUCAAUUAGAGUAACAGCUCGAGAAGAAGGGUAUUAUUUGAUCAAGUACUCACUAACAGGUCCUAACGCUCGAGAAUUUAACGUACCAGAAGAAGAUAUUAUAUUCGUUAAUAUGCCAAAUAAUGCAACGCAGAAUUCAUCAAUAGAAAUGUCAGCUUUAGACUUCCCCUAUGGUUGUUACAAAAAAUAUUUUGGAACGUGUCCUGGACUAAACGCGUCCAUCAUCGUAUCUUCGACUUCUCCUUUUGUAUCAUUUGGUCCAUUAUCUACGACACAAGGCGUUGUUGCGAUAGAAGUGGGCAACUUUAUGAAAUUACCCUUGUCGUUGCUCGGUGUAAAUUUACCAGAUUCAAGCGCAAACUCACCUGUAGAUUCUUGUAAAGGCAACGGUGAUGUUACUUAUACUGUGGAAUCAAUUGUAAAAUCACGUAGUUUAGCUAAAUCGUUUAUAAAUACUGCGACAGAAAACUUGCCAACAUGGAUGAACGUCACUUUGGGUGAAGGAAAUUUGGGUACAAAUAUUUACUCCACGGAACUGAGAACUCGAUUUUUAAAUGGACUAGAACUUCGUGAAGCCGGCGUUGGUACAGGCCUUCCUGUAGUUGACGAUAUGUUUUACUCCCUUCUUUCGACAAAUAAUCUGAACGUAACCAUAGAAAACGACGCUGAUAUUUUGAAAUCUAAGUCCCUGUCUUUGGCUAUAGAAAUUUGUGGAAAAUUGUCGUCGAAUAUUCUCCUGCGUCCAAGUAAAGAGGAUAUAGCUCAAGUAAAUAACAUAUCCAUUUUAAAGGAGAUUAAAAAAUAUGGCUGGAAUCUUAACGUUAGUUCCGUUCAAUUUUCUAAGACAAACCGGAUAAGAAGGCCCAAAAAAGAAGGUUUUUGGGAUGGCCACAAAUAUUUCAAUGUGGAAGCUUCGUCUGAUGGUACGUUUGCGGUAGAAUCGUCACUCGACAAACAUUUCAGAAAUUCACCCUUUGCUGACAUAAGAAUGAACUUUGACGGAACUAUUAUUGGCCAAAUGAAAGAUCUAAACAAGGUUAUAAAUUAUACUUUAAUUGGUUUUAAAUUAGGAGCCAAACACUGUCCUGGUCAUGAAGACUUAAAAAAUCGAUUUGACUUGUAAAAAUAUCAUUGGCGUUCAAUGAUUUUGUUCGUUAGCGCGCGAGCUAAUACUAUCAAAGAGUGGGUUUGAACGGCAAAUGCUUUGGUUAAGUUUGUUAUCUACAAAGCAUUGAAUACUCUUCCUAAAAAAUGGAGGAUUUAAGAGAAAAAUUGCUAAUUAAAAAUUAUGUUUAUUUUUCAGCAGAAUUUUGAAAUUCGGACAGGUUAGGCAAAUUAUUAGGAAUCAAUUGAGAAAUGGUUCGUACUUGCCUGCACUCUGAUUGUUCGAACAUUAGUGUCCAAAAAGUGUGACCCACAAAUGAAACAAUUUCUUUCGUUUUGCAAUCUUUAUAACACAUUAUAAUUUUUUCAUGAAAUGAAGCUCAUGCAGUUCACGUGAAUGAAAGAACUACGUGGACCACAUGAUCACGAAUAAACGCUAUUGAUUGCCUACGCACUUUUGGGCACGCUAGCUUAUUUAAAAUUGCUCACGCUUGUAAUAUAACGACAUAUCUUGCAAAACACUGAUGAAGAUGAAUCUAAUUUAGAUUCGAAAUAUACAGUUUUAAUAAAUCGUGUGCUAAUAUUAUGCACUCCUUAUUCGGAAUAACUUAAUUUUGUUUUAUUUAAGUGAUACUUUCUCAUUCGUUUUCAAAACCAAAAGAGAAAGACAGCUCCAUUUCGUAUUAUUACUAAAAUCUCACGGCUAAGUCUUUCUGACAGUCACCAUAUUUUUCUGAUCAGUGGUUGAUCUGCUCAUGAUUUCUUGAAACAUUGAACCAAAGCAACAAUUAUUGAUGAACAUUUCAAUUUUCCAGCUUUCUGUAACCUAUAUGAUCCACGCAGUUCUUUGGGGAUUACUCAAGUAGAAAGUUCACAUAAUAGAAUAACUUUUCAGUUGUCUACUCAAGCCCGUUCAUACAAGCUAGCUCAACAUAUUAAUCAAACAUUAAUUCUAACAAAUAUUGUUGGAUUAAAAAUAUUGGAAUCGCUUGAACACUGCGUUGGAUAAUGUAAGAUUAUGUUGGAAGAUAUGAUGUCUUGCGUGAUUGGUUGACACAUUUCAUCAAGUACAGUGUACAGGGUGAAACAUGUGACGAGCGGAAGUGAUUAGGGAACACUCUCCUCCAACACUAUUCAACAAUUUCCAACAUUGGAAGAUGCUGUCGUUUAAAUGGGGCUUAUUGAUAACGGGGUUGUUUUGUUGUCAUUACUUCCCAUACGUAUAUAUCCAAGGCCACUUCAAAACGUAUAUACCCACACAAACGAACCCAGUGUUUCUUGCAGUAUUUGUCGAAUGAUGAUUGUGAUUUUUACCAUGGAGAACUAACUUCUUUUUCCUCAUUUCUUUUACUAUAAAGAUUAUAGAUUCUCCUCUAAAGCAACAGUGGAACGUAGAUCUAUAUGGACGAGUUGCACUAACAGUUUUGUUUAAAAUGGAAGGAAAAGUCGUAAAACUCGCUCUUGACGGACUAGCAGGUUCAGUUGGCUAUGCAAGUUUUGGAGGUACAGUAUAGCCGAUAGUUUAGCGGUAUCUUAUUUGGAAAAUGUAUCAUUGUGUGACGCUAGUGUAUAAUCCAUAAAUUAGCGAGAAAAUAUAUCGUACAUGGUUUGUAAAAACUCGCGUUAGAAUGUAUGGACUCCAAACUACAACGGAGUCAGUUGGAAAUGCACGUCUCUGCGUGAAUAGCGUCUUUAAAUUAGCAACAAAAAGCAACUGUAUUUUGAAGGAAAUAAUUUGUUAGGUGAUGGCGGUACUUAAGAGGCUCUCUACAGUUAUUAGUGGAAUUUGAAGAUAUUUCUAGGUUCGUACGCCUGGAACAUUCGUUGUAUCUUUGACACAAGCUGAGAAACUAAAUUUUGAGUGCUUAUAUUGAAAUUUUAAAAUUACCAAAACCAGUAUUUUUAAAUAGCUGUUAGUUGGAAUCGAAAUAUACGUAUGUUAUAUUAACUACUUUUCAAGCUUUCUUCCUGCCUGCUUUUUGCGUUUUAAUGUUUAGUACCAUUUAAUAACUACCAUGAUAUAUGGUCAAUGGUAGUACUGUACGUUUACCCAGCAUUUUUUUGUCUUGUCCUCGUAGUUCAGUUCUAAUGGUAAUUAUUGUUGUAUAGUAAUAUUAAUAUUAAUUAUUGUAUAGUAAACGUCAGUAAAAACACACGUUUGUGUAGCUAUUUCACAAUUUUAUUUUUUUAUUUAGGCUCUCUUGGCAAAGAAGUACAUGGAAUGGAAGGAGGAUUUUUUUUCACGACCGUGAUGGCUAAGGAUCCCUUUGUUAACACCUCGUUAAAAAACUUCGCCGAUAUGAGCGCAGAGAGGAAUAUUUCGUGUUUUUUGAGUACAAAAAUUUACAAAGAAAAAAAUCGUUUCUAUCACACCGAGAUAACUGACAGUCUUAGCUGUGUCUUUAGAGGCAUUUUGAAAGUUGGUGGUCUAAGAUUUCAUCCAUUGCAGGUAAACCUUCGAAUGAGGAAGUCACUUGAUGUAAAUAUUGAAGGUCAUAAUACCUCCAAAUUGUCACAAAACAUUGUUGAACUAAUUGGAGUGUACACAGAAUCAAAAAUUUCGACCUUCGGGAUAUUUAAACGUUCUCCAGAGGGCUGUGGGAAAAUUCAAUUUUCCUUUGCUCAAAAUACACCGAAAUAUUUCGGAUCAUUUUGUGCUCUUUGCAACAUUUUUGGCAUGGAGAAGUUGGUUAACGUCAGCAUUUCUUACGAAGGAUUGAAUUUUCAAGUUAGCGGGAAAAUGUAUGAUUUGUAUCAGACAAGCAUGAACUGCUCGACUAAUUUAUUGUCCUGGGAAAACCAAGUAUACGAAGUGGAAGGUCGAUUUGAGAAGAGCGGAAGAAGAAAUGACUUUGUAGCUAUAUUAAAGAAGGAACUAGACAAUUUCGCUCAAAAUUUUAUAUUGCAGGCCGAGAAGCGUGUACAAGCAGUCGAUCGAGCGGUUAAGCGUGCACAUGAUAGGUUGGAGAAAGUACUGUUAUUAAGAAACGAAGCAUCCAACAAGCUGGAACAGAUGACUAGUGAAUACGCAUUUGUAACGGAGAACUUUGAAACGGCUGAACAAUACUUGGAAUUUUUAGAAAUUGAGGCGCGCAAUUUUUCGAAAGACCUGAAGAAAUCAAAAUCGGAUUUAGAUAGCCUGUGCGACAUAAAAGUAUGCCCCGAGGUGUGUCAAGAAGGCAUAUCCUGCACGACGUGCUAUGAAGAUAUCAUUGCAAAUUCCAUGGGAAUGUGUCCUGCAACUUGCUCUAGAACUGAACAACGGCUAGUUCCACCGUACUCCGAAGUAGCAUAUUGCGAUAGACAAAGUUGUAAAAGAAUUCAUAGUACAAACGGAUUUUUUAAAAGAGUUUUUGGAACAUUUUUUGGUGGGGUGGUGAAAUCAGUUCUUUCAUUUGGGAUAUCACUCGUAGCUGGAAUAUUUGUACCGCCACCGGCUGCUGCUGCUAUCGGUAGUGGUAUAACAACAUUUUUAGACACGGGAAGACCAGAGGAAGCAAUUUGUGCAGCAGUCAAGGCGGCAACGGGUACUGAAUUGGCUGAAAAGGUUGGUGGAAAGUUUUCAAAAUAUAUCCCGGAGAUUGUAGACACGCAAACUGGGUCUAAAGUAUUAAAAUUGGGUACUAAAUUAGUUUUUGGAAAUUUGAUAAAAUGCCAACGAGAACAGAGAGAUGGCAAAUGGAAAUGCAGGGUGGAGACUGUACAAUGCCAGAAAGGAAGGUUCGAAUACGAAUAUAAGCAUGUUCCAUAUAUUUGUAAGAAAUCCUGCGUGAUCCAAACGAUAACAAAAACUGUGGAAAGGAGUUGUUGUUCUAAUGUCUCUUGCGCAUUGUUUAUUGUGAACGUAUCUUGUGUUGCUGAGAAUGUACUUUGUAAGAAAGCAAGAGUUGAUGCCUUAAAAAAAAUAAUUAAGACCAAAUCUCAAGCGGAAAACGUAUUAAAAGUUUUGGAGGACGCAAAAUCGAAUUCUUCUUAUUGGAAUCUGAGAAGACAGAAAAAAUACAGAUCGUUAAUAAGGCAACGCCGUUGGUUUAACACUACGCAAACAACAGUUCAUAGUCUUGAAAAAGCUUACAAUAACACCAUUGAAUCCAAAAAGAAAAUCGUCAAUAUAUUUUCCACACCUCUUGGGAUAGUAAAAUCUCUUUUAAAUGAACAGGAAAAUUCGCUUGAGGGAUUAAAGGUGAAGAAAACAACUUUUAAAGUGAAGCUGUUUGCAGGAAGUAAUGACAUUGUUUUGCUGCCAAUAGACAUCACAAUCCAAGCAAACAAGACACUGCAUCACCUACCAACUGUGUUUGAUUUUGCACACCCCAAUUCAUCAUUAAAAAGUAUAGCUGGAGAGAUUAUGGGCAAGAUUAUUGGGAAUGUUGACAGGAGUUCCAGAAAGAAACGUUCAGUUGAAACGCCUUUAAUUAAUUCGGACAUAUUACUUCUUUCGCUAAAACAAUUCCACACUUAUUGCGCAAAGUUCACAAAUUAUUAUCAGACAUUAUACAACGUAGCAAUCUCGCUCUACAACUUGUCCUCGGAAAUGGUGUUUCUCAAGCAGUCUGUAUUCGAAAGCGACCGUUCCGCUCUUAACAUCACCAAUUUAAUACGGGUACCUAAGAUUGCUUUGAAUGAAACUACGGCAUCCCGCUUGGGACUGGAGAAAAGAAAUUACUCUCGGCCAGAAUAUUUGAAAUACGAUCUUGAGAUGUCCGAGGCAAUUGAACUUCAGAAAGAAGAAAUGCUGAAAAACUAUGAGCAUUUAAAUUCCACAAGUAGGCUGCUGGUAUACAACUGGUUAGCUACGAUGGAAGAGGUGUUUAACUCUUCUCGAUUAUCUUACGAAUGUAGUGGAAUGAACGACUGCAUCGCACAUAUUCUUGAUAGUAUGGUGCAAAUGUUCUCGGUGAUCGAGGCUGACGGAGUAGAUCUUAUUCGGCGAAAAAUUGACAACCUUGAAGAUGCAUUAGGUGACUUGACAAAUGAUAUGACGAUUGAUGAAGCAGUGAAAUUGUCAUCUGGAAUUUUGACCAUUUUGAAAGAAAUGGUCGAACUGGAAGUAAUGUGCGCCCAACCGCCAAAUAUAACGAAAAAUCCAAGCCCAAUUACAGAGUUGGGUAUUGGAAAUGUUUUGAUGUUGCAAUGCAACGCAACCGGAACUGCGCUACUAUAUUCUUGGACAUUUAACGGACAUGUUUUGCCAGACGAAAGAUCCAACGUACUGACAAUCGACAACUCUACCUUAGCGAAUAGCGGAAAUUAUACUUGUGUAGUAUCAAACCAUAUUGCAAAAGAAAGAUCAAGUCGUGCUCUCGUUAUUAUUCAUCGACCUCCUGUCAUAAUUAACCAACCAGUGAGAUACUUGGCGAUAGUUUUAUCCGAGGAUGACUUUUUACACUGUAAAGUUGAAGAGACUGGCAAGAAUAUCUCGUAUCAAUGGUGGUUUAAAUCUGCAAACGCUUCGUCAUCGUUUGCGCCAUUAUACAACGAAACGUUUUCUUAUCUGGAUUUUUCUCCAAUGAGAACGAAAUACGAAGGGUGGUAUUUCUGCAAAGCUUCUAAUUUAUACGGUGUAACGUCGUCGCGCAUAAGUUUUGUUAAGGCAGUGUCAUUUACUCUUCCAGUACCUAUGGCAGUCUUGUCGUUCUCCUUAAAUAGAAAAACAGUCCAUGUUAAUUCAACAGUCGAACAUUCCAGCACUAUUGGCUAUUCUGUCAUCAGUUCUCACAUACUGAGCCAAAUUUUGUCUGCCAAAAAAAAUAGCGAUGGUGUGCAUGUAGACAAUUUGCGACCUAUUAACUGUCAGUUGGAGAAGAUGAAAAAUAAAACUAACGGUUAUGUCGGAAUAUGUUCUUGGAAGUUUCAGUACACCGGUAGGAAUGUGACCUCCAACAUGACUGUUUACAACGAUUUUAAAGUCAAUGCUGGCAUGAUAAUCAACGCUACGCAAGAACUAAGUGAAACAAUACAAAAUUUGGUGAAUAGAACAAACAACGGUUCCUUAUCCUUCUCAGUUGCUGGUAGUCAAUACUUCGCAGAAAGAAAUAGCAUAGCAGUUGAAAAAUUUUCACUGUUUUGUCCGAAAAAUCAGGAGCUAGUCCAGCAAGAUUUCAAAUGUGGUAAGAUACAUUUUGAACAAACUUUUUUCGAUACGUUGGGAAUUGAAGCGUGUCAGCAACGCCCCAUCUUAACUAAGUAAUUAUUCACCUUCCCAUUGUAACGAUUUCUCCCAAAACAUGAUGGUAGAUGGCAAAAUUUUGGUGGUGGGAGCGAACAUUAUGUUUCAUGGACAAUCCAGCUCUACACCAACUCUACAGCAAGAGCGAACAGAUUAUUCAAAUAUAAAAAAUACUUUAAUAUUCUACAUAACAGAGCCACUCCAUUCUUUUCAAUUCCCGAAAUGUUGCCAAUAAAUUGAUAUUUCGUUUAUUUUAGUAGCUUCAAGGUAGUCACUUUAAUUUACAAUGAAAACAAAUUGACUAAUAUAAUUAUUAUAUUCUCUACUUUUUCAAGUCGUUUGUCCACCAGGAUAUCAUGCUGUACUUGGCAAAGACAAGCUGACGACAUGCGUACCUUGUCCAUUGGGCUUCUAUCAAAUAGAAGCUGGCAAGGCAACUUGCGCUCAAUGUCCAAAGGGAUAUACCACUCACCAAAUUGGAUCAUAUGAACACGCUCACUGCAGAGGUAUUUGAAUAAUAAUUUAACAAGAUUAUAACUUUUAACCUUCCUCAAUGUGAAGUUCCAUGACAGGUAGGAAGCGCGUAUCAAAGCGCGUAUAGCCCUGCACACGAAACAAAGUAAUUUUUGCUGGAUUUUUAACAAAAUAUAGUAGCUUGCAAGAUUAUGGGAUGACAUAAUGAUAAUUAAAUGAUGUUCAUUAUAUUUGCGUCAUUUAAAAUACAAGGGCACACAAAUGUAACAAUGAGCAAGGAAAAAAACCACCGUUGAUAAAAUUUUCGCCACGUCCAUUAUUACGGCGACAAAAUUUGGAAUUAAUCUAAGUAAGAGAAAAUUCAACUUAUAUAUGAGACAGCAAUUUUUUAUGCAAAAUAAUUUGUAUGGCAAAACUGUGUUUCAUGUUGGUUUGCCGCGUGUCACGUUCUAUUAAACGCUUACAUCUGACAACAUUUCGAAGUUGUUGACAGUCUAUAUCACUAUACCCAACUAGUUUGAUGCGACUGGCCCACCAAGUAGCAAUUGCAUGAUUUCAGCUCUGACAAAGAGGAUAUAUCAUCAUUGGAGACUGUCGUCUCAUGUGUGUUGGAAUUAAUUAAAUGAGAAUUUAUAGCAGCUUUUCUUUUUGCCUUAAUCCGAUAAUUUAAAAGAGAAUUUGCAUUUUUUUCUGGUGCAAACCCCUUGUAGUUUUUGUGCAGUCGUUUAGUUUCGCCUACUCGAUUGCAGAUAUAAUAAGCAUUUUUGGAAAGCAUUUCAACGAUAAUGGCAUGUUUUCAGAUAUUAGUAAAAUAAAAUUUAAAAAACAAAGCAGAAGUAUUUAGUGCAGUUUCACUUUAGGUCGCCGUAAUGCGAAUCAGAUAGCGUUUUCGUGCAUGUGACGGGCAUGAGUAGAAUGGUGUGGUAUUUUUCAAAAAAAUAUUUCCCAAAGACAUAUAUUUAAUUAUUUUUAACUGUGAGAAUAGUUAUUUAUAAGGUCCUUCUUCGCUAGGAAAAUGGAGAGAAAAAACCGGACGAAUCCGUUGGUACAUGGAGGCUGAAUUGAAAUAUAGUAAAUCGUCGUAGGUUAAUUAAUUAAUUAAUUAAUUAAUUGAUUAAUUAAUUAAUUAAUUAAUUAAUUAAUUAAGGGUCGGCAUAGCUCUGGGGCAAUCGAAUUGACUCAGACCGGUCAUUGGCUUGCGGCUGAUACUACGAUGGAUUUCCAACGUGAGUUUGUACGCAUGCUCGGCAAUUGUUGCAAAAUAUAAACAAAGUAUUUAGAAUUUCUCGUCAAAAAAUUUAAUAUGCUCUUUACACUGAAAUCGAUUUUAAAAAACCCAAAGCUUCGGAUUGAUAGGCCGUCAUACAACUACCUGAAAAGUACAAUUAAGUAGAACUUCGACGUUUCGAGCGAAGGCGCUUCGACUUGUAGGCUACUGUUAGUGUUUGUAUACAUCGCUACUUUACUGAUAAAUAUAUAAUCUCCUCAAGAAUGAAAGAAUGUUUGCUGUGAAGUGCGGACCUGAGCUUACCGCUUGAUGUCUUUAAAACUGGAUUAAAGGUUUAAAUUUCCUUCACAUUGGAUUAUUGACGUUGCUCUCAUAUACUAUAUAUGAGCUUUAAAAUUUCAAUUUUACUUUCCUACCACACUUCACAGCAGAAAUUCUCUCACAUUCUUGAGGAGAUUAUAUUUAUAAUGAAAUCGACGGUAUAAGUAAAGUGCGAUGUAUACAUACGCUAACAGUACAAGUCGAAGCACUUUUGUUCGAAACGUCGAAGUUCACCUUUGCUCGAAGCGUCGAAGUUCUCCUAUCAGUCUGAAACUUUCGUACAUAUAUUUCCCCCAGAAUUUUUAGUUGCUUUCAAUCGAUUUCAGUGUAAAAAGCUAAGUAUCAAAUUUUCGACGCGAAAUUCUAAAUACUUUGCUUAUAUCUUGCAAAAAUUGCCAAGCAUGCGUAGAACUCACUUUGGAAAUCCAACGUGAAUCAUUUCGAUUUUUCCAGAGCUAUUCCCCCCCGCCCCCCCCCCCCUUAACCUGCGAACGGGCAUUCUCUGGGGACGAGAUUGAUUCAUUCCCCAAUAAUUAUAUUAGAAACACAAGCAACAUUGAUUUAACUUGAAGUAUUAGUAACGUUGAAUGCAGGCUCGCGUUUUGGUCAGUUUUCCCAUGACAUCCCGAUAAUUGAAAAAAAUUAUCAUUUCUCUACAAAACGCCGAAAAUAGUUGAAAGAUUAGUAUAUUUAACUAUACAACAAUACAUUUCCGAAAUAUGUAGCUACUGUGGGUAUUUUUUUUUUCAUUUCGUCAGCUUUGAUUUAUAAAGUAAAACUUAAUCUGAAUGGCUUCUUAAAUAUUUGGAAAUUUUCACUGCUUUUGCCGAUCAACUGUUUCUACUUAAGAAAACGAAAUAAUUUCAACUGGCUGACUAAUCUCAGUUUUUCAAUAUUAAUUUGUUAUUCUUUACAUUAGUUAACUUUUUCUUUAAUUUAAAUUAAGAAGAGUAAUUAAUUUGGAAAGUUGCAGCUUCAUUAUUAAAUUAAAAAGGUAAAGGAAAACAAUGCAUGUUUUUUUCAUGAAAAUAAAACUCUAGACUUUGUUAUUGCUUCUCUCGAGCGGUUUGUGGAUUAAAUCAAUACGAAACUAAUUACGUAAUAGUGUAGAUAGAAAAUACAUCAUUUGAAACUUCUUAUUUGAUUUAAUCUCCACAGCUAUCUGCAAGCCUGGUCAAUAUGGAACAGUCAGAGAAGGAAUUGGAUAUAGAUCGCAUGUCCCUUGAACGAGUAUCAGCCACACGAGGGUCAGUCUGAAUGUUUACCAUGCGAUAAGGAUCAUGUCACUCGAACAGAAGGAGCAUGGGAAUCAAACCAGUGUAUAUUGAGUAUGUUGUGCCUUGUGGAGAUAUAUUAUGCAAGUUGGGUUAUGAGAGCGUUUAUUAUGCUUGCAGUCAAUAUUUUUUUUCUAAUUUCGGAGCUACAAUUAAAUCACCACAAAAAAAAUUGAAAAAGCAGGGAAUCUUCGAUUCCAGCUGUUGCCAAAAUAUUUGCAAUAUGCACUAUUAAUAACGGCUUAUUGACCAAGCGUGAGGUCUGCAUGUACCGUGAAAUAUCAGACCGAGGUUUUUUAGAAAAAAACAUAGGUCUGAUAUUUCACAGUACAGACCGAACAAGCGAGGUCAAUAGCCGGUUUAUUAUAUGGCUGAAGUGAGUCUUUGAGUUUGUGGGUGACAAUAUACGGUAGGCAUGCAUGUUCAAUCAAAAACAAUUUGGUUGUUUGAAAUUUUUAUCUGUAAAUUUUAAUGACACACAAUUUGAAAAUUUAAAAGCAACAUUUUUUGUUUGUUUGCAAAGCAAAAAUUUCCCACCAGAUAAACGACAUCCAGGACACCGGUCCAGAUACGGAAAAUACGGACCACGGUCUGGAUAAGCUUUUUACGGACCGCUUGCCAACCAAUCAGAUUUAAUCAACUUCAUCUAAAUACAAAAGCUGUGACUUGGACUAAAUCUUUUUACUUGAUAAGUUUGUUAAUUUUUUUACUUUUGCGUGUAGCUCCAGAGACAACUGAAUUACCAAAUAUAACAACGGAGAGAACAACGAAGAGAACAGCAGAGAGAACAACGGAAACGGUACAUGAAGAGAGAGGCAGCAAGGACGGCGAAAACUCGAACACAAGUUUGAUCAUUGGACUGACGCUCGGUGUUUCAUUUCUGAUUGUCGUUUUAAUAG